GCUUUAAUAAAUUUACCAGGAAGGACACUUUCAAAGCACUGUGCCGCCAUCAGCACCAUGGAGAGGAGUGGACUGUGAUGCACUCGACAAUGGUAAGGAAAAGGACUCUCCAUUUCUUACUUCUGGGCAACAAGUUGGAGACGGAUGCAGGGAACUAGAGUUUCAAAUCCUAUCUUUGAUAGCAGGAAAGACAGGCAGGCAGAUGAUUUAGACUGUAAUCUGAAGCUUGAUUACUAGUGAUUAAGCCCACUGAAUUCAGUGAGAAGGACCUCUUGACAUAAAAUGACUAGAAAGUUACAUGCUAUUUGGAUAAUCAUAUGGUUCCUUAAACCGGAACACUGUUUUCAUUUUUUUAAAAAGAUACAGGUAGCUUAGAUGCGCUGCUCCAUUAGAAAAAGAACCUAAAAGAUACAAUAGGAAAUAACCUUUAAAGGGACUACCAAAAUGUCACAGAAAUAUCAGGCAAGGCUGUGAGUUCUCCUGGACUCUUCUUUGCACUCGAUGUUAAUCAAAACAAGGUGCAGCAGGAGGAAAAAGUAUAAUAUGAUGUUCAAGCCCCAGAGGCUACAGUUUAUUAGAGUCUUUAUAAUGGAGUUCAGGAAGAAUUGUACAGAUUUAAUUACAUUUGACUCUGCUAGGUGCUAAAAAGAUUUCAGAGUUACUUCUAGAUAACCUGUUUAUUGAGCAUUUUUUUGCACAAAAUCUGCGAGCAGAUUUUAUGAUAAUGGAUAUUUAUCGAGCAGUCAUUCUAAUUUGUUUGUGGGGGAGGCUAUCUGAUGCCAUAUCAAGCAAUUAUUAUCCCACACUUUUCCAUACAUCUUCCUGUCACUUACUACAAAAGUCUGAUUUAUGUGUGCAUGUGAAAGUGGGUUUGUUGCACAACAGUGCCAAAUCAACUUUAAUUUUGCAUCCUGAAUUUCCUGGUGUGAAACUGAACCCUAACAGCAAAAUAUCAACUGUCCAAAAAUGAGUCGGAAAGCAUCCCACAUUGCAAUGAAGACUACCAGGACAAAGCAGCAAUAAUAAAUAUCCACUCAUUGUUAUUUUUUAAAAUAUGAAAUAAAGCAAUGAGGUUUUGCCCCCCAGAAGUCUUUUCAUAAGACUGUAAUCAGUUUGAAGCAAUAGAUGGAUAUCUUUGACAGAUAAAUUGAACAGGGGAUAAAAAUAGCUGGUGUUUGGAUAUUAAAAAGUUCUGCUGUGUUGAUUGAUGAAGCCAAAAAAGGAGGAUACUCUGAACAUGAAAAAUUGCUGUGGAUAAUACAAUGAAAUAGGAAUAUAUGCACAACUUUACAAACAAAGGUUCAUUGGGAAUGCAGCUCAUCCCCCUGGAAAAUAAGGGUUAUCCAUGUUAAUGGUCUUUUAACUUUUAUAGACUUGUUAUAAUUUCUAUGCUAUUAUAAGUCUGAAAUGUAUUACUGAUGUCUCUGCCCCCCCCCUUUGCCUCUGCUUUCAUGCCUGUAUUCUGUGAUGAUUUUGUUCUAAGCUUGAUUUUCCAUUUUAAUGUAAAAAUAUAUAAAACAUCUACCUACCUAUCGAGAAAGAUAGAAAAAACAGAUAAACAGAUUUUUAAAAUCCACUAGUUUGCUAUGGAGAAUAGCACUGCAACCAAUUACUCUCAAAAAGCUUUCAGCUAAAGCAGGGCUUUGGGGUGUACACCCACUACCCAACAGACAAUACCUUUGUCUGGUUUUGUUUCCCCAUGUCUACUACCACAAGUGCCAUUUUUCUUUUUCUUUUUCUGUCUGGGCUUUCUUUCUCAGCAGCCAUCACAGCCAUUUCCUUGAUUAAAUUUUCCUCCCCCACUUCAACAGACAAUUCAGUGCCCCUUGGAUGGAAAAGUACUGGGAAGGGGGGUGCAUUCUGCCCAUGAAAACAUUCACAAAACUUGGUUCUGCCUUUUAGUUCUCUCCCUGGGCCCAUCUUCCCAGUGAAUGUAUGUGUGAAUGAGCCCAGGUUCCACCCAUCACCAGCUACUGACUGCCACAUCCUCUGGCCCGCAGUCCCAAUUGCCCAUCCACUGUAUGGUGGCAAAAGAGCUGCCUACCCCUGGAUUGCAGCCUUGUUGGUGCAAUGUGAACAAUGGGUUAAAUUGCACAGUGCUUGGUCUCAUAUCUUGAGGAGCACAUCCCCCACGUCUGGAGGCUCUGAGGCAAGGGUGCCAGGUGCACUGGGUUGCCAUAGCAACACCAGCGAGGUUGACUGCAUGACUUGCUGAGCCAUUGCCCUCCCAUUAGUUCAGGGGAUAUGUCUGUGCAUAGAGAGAUGGGUGUAAUAGUCUCUUUCAUCAUGUCCUGAGGCUGCCCUCUUUGUGUGUCAUGGUCUGACUCUGAAUCUGUGAGAGUCGGGGAAAGAAGCUGUGGGUUUCAUACAGCAGCGUUAGCUAGCAUGUCGGUAGUGUUAGCAGAUCUAUCUGUACAUAUGCAUCUUUACUUCGAAGACCAGGAGAAUUGUAUGUAGUAGAAAGUAGAGUUUAGCUUUGUCUCGAGUCUGGAGCCAAUAAACACCUUGAAACUUUGAAGGUAGCCCUCCAGUCCUUUAUGUCUGGUCCUUUCCCCAGGCUACACACCCCUCUCUGAAGGCCAUGCCCCCACACUGACCCUGCUAUGCACCUUCCUUGACAUUUUUGCCUGGCUGGCAGGUUUCCUCUGAUAAGGCUUCUUGCUAGCCUGGAUGCAGAAUGGGACUCUCUGCAUGCAAAGAGUGUGUGUGUGUGUGUGUAGAAACCAGUCUACUGCAUGAAGAUAACGUUCGCUUCCAUUGCUCCACCCAUUUUUACCCCAGAAGCUAGCUCAGGAGGAAAUGUGGUCCUCAGGCUGAAAAAGGUUUCCUAGCGUUUAGGCUUUGAAAUCAAUGCGACUUAGUCCGACACUCUUUUUAUGGACUCUUAUAUUUGCAAAUGGGAUGCGGGUGGCACUGUGGGUUAAACCACAGAGCCUAGGACUUGCCGAUCAGAAGGUCGGCAGUUCGAAUCCCCGCAAUGGGGUGAGCUCCUGUUGCUCAGUCCCUGCUCCUGCCAACCUAGCAGUUUGAAAGCACGUCAAAGUGCAAGUAAAUAAAUAGGUACCGUUCCAGCGGGAAGGUAAACGGUGUUUCUGUGCGCUGCUCUGGUUCACCAGAAGUGGCUUAGUCAUGCUGGCCACAUGACCUGGAAGCUGUACACCGGCUCCGUUGUCCAAUAAAGCGAGAUGAGCGCCGCAACCCCAGAGUCGGCCACGACUGGACCUAAUGGUCAGGGGUCCCUUUACCCUUUACUUUAUAUUUGCAAAUAAACCACCCCAAAUUGAAAGAUGAAUAAAUAUGAGCAUGGAAACCCGUUAUACAGCAAGUGCUUUUUGAGCACUGGAAACUUAUCCUCCUGGUUGGUCUUCCGAAGCCCAAGCAUUUGGAUAGAGGUUUUGCAACAUUUCCCCCCUCUUACAGCUACCUGGGGACUGAGAGCCCUGAGAAGCAGGCGAAGAAGUGCACCUUGAAGCUGAUGGCGCUGCUUUCCCCAAGGUUGCCAAUGGAUUGUGCCCCGCGGAGCUGGUUAAAGGAGGGGAGGGAAUCCCGGAAGUUAGUGCUGCUGGUUGUGUUUGUUGCCCUGCUGGUUGACAACAUGCUGCUGACAGUUGUGGGUAGGUGGCACAUUGCUUUGUCUUCUCUCUCCUCUGAGCUGUGUUAAUGCUGACAGACAGGGCUGGAUCCAGGCCAGCAUCUUGCAGCUGACCUCCUCCAGUAAUCUCCCUCCCAUAAUACGGCCAUUGAGCUCACUUGGCUCCAUUCCUGCAGUCAGUUGGAUGGCACCAUUUAAAUCUCCCACUUUUAUCUCUGGCAAGUGACCCUUGAGUGGUUGCCUAGAAUCAUAGAGUUGGAAGGGACCCCGAGGGUCAUCUAGUCCAACCCUCUGCAAUGCAGGAAUCUCAAUAAGUGGUCCUCAUUCUGUUUGAAACCACACCGUACCCUGCUUAGCUUUGCAAAGCAGUUUUAUUGCUGAUCCUCACUGGGAGGUGAAUGUGGUCCCCCACCCAUCCCUUAGAGUCACAAUAGCAGCAUGUCUGCUUCCUAUCAAACAGUCCUCUGGUUAUUGUAUUAUAUUGCAAUUAUUAUUAUUAUUGUUGUUGUUGUUGUUGUUAUAUUGAGACUUUCUCAUAAGUUUUGAUUCAAGGAAGCUUACAACACUUAAAAACAACGUUAUAAAAUACAAAGUAAUAGAAACAAACUAGUUAAAAACAAGAGUUAAAAUACAUCCAAACACAGAUUAGAACCGACGUUAAAUUACAGUUUGCCCUGGCAGCAAGCCUGGUCAUUAGCACCACCUGUGCCUUAGUUUUCAGAGGCCUGAAUAGUAAGGUAUUAGCCUGCCAAUGGGAGAAUAACAAAGAGAGAACCCACCUCGUAUCUCUUGGGAGGGAAUUCUGCAAUAUGAGAGCAGCCACAGGAAAGGCUCUCUCUCGGGUCACCACCAGCCACGCUUCUGAUGUUGAUGGGACCGAGAGAAGGGUUGAAUGGGACGUCUCUAUGGGAGGAGCUUGCUUCAUGCCUGUCUUCUUAUCCGGCUGCUCUGCUUUGUGUCUUGCCCACUAGAAGUGCAAUAUCUAACCUCUCGAUGGACUUCCUUGCAGUGCCGAUCAUUCCUUCCUUCCUGUUUGCCACCUACAAAAGCGCAAACCACUCUUCUCUUCAGACCACAGUGAUGAUGACUGCUGCCCUCUCCUCGACAGCUCCCUACACUUCAGGGCUCUCUCCAGAUGAUGAAACCACAGUGCUCACCUUGGACUCUCAUGCUCAUCCCCCUGUGGUCCACGCAAACGAGACCCAAGACAGAAAUCUUGUCCCUCACCUUCCCACGACCACUUUGCUGCUGAGUAACAGUUGUACAGAUGGGGUGGACUUUCUGUCCAAAGAGAACGUUCGCGUUGGGCUGCUCUUUGCCUCGAAAGCCACGGUGCAGCUCUUAGUCAACCCAUUUGUGGGACCUUUAACCAACAGGUAUGUUUCUUCGUGAAAAAAACAAAACCAAAAAGGGUGUUAUUCCCCUUAUUUUGUGUACGCAAGGAACCACAGACAGCAGCUCCCUGUCACAAACAGAAUUGCAAAGGUGCCAAGCAAACUAUAGCACUGGGGGCUGAGGGAGUUAUUUCACACACUGAUCUGAGAGCUCCCUCAGCAAAAUGUCCUCUGUGGUGCCCCACUAAAUUUGCUGGGCUCGUGGCUUUUGGGUUAUUCAGUGUCAGGAGGUGGGGAGUAGUGGGGUGCUAUGAGCUCCUACUUUAAAUUUUCCACCCUGCCCCAAAGUAUGCAACGUUGUGGUGCGUGCUGACAAACUAUCAGUCCAGGCUCCAUUUAAAUUUUCUGCAAUAUCAUAGAGUGGCACUAUGCUGGGCAUUUUGGGGCAUUCUGGGAAAUAUUCAGUGGUGCCUGUUGCCUCAUCUAAGGGAGAGACAUGACAGGUGUCAUCACUGGUGGUCUCUUUGAGGGUAGACGGAGCUGCGGCACUUGCCCAAGGGUGCUGGUGGCAGCCUUCUCUCUUGCUGGAAUUUUGCACACUUGUCAUUUAGGUUUACUUAAUACAUGGAUCACAUGCCACAACAAAAAUUCCCAAAGCACUUCAGAAGAUGGUCACACCCACAACAUACAUUUAAAGCAGCAGAGGAGGAAACCGCUCAGGCGCCUGGGGUGGCGCGCACCGCGGGGCCUCUGAAGAGUCUGCCUGCCUCCUUCCACUCAGCCGUCCUACAGCUGCGGGGGAGGCGGCAGGCGAACCCUUUGGGGCUGUGCGGAGCCUGUGGGCUCCCAAGCCACCGUGUCACUCCCAGGAGAGAUGCGUGGCUUGGGCGCACUGCAGGCCCCGCGGUGAGUGCACCCAGCAUUUUGUCACUCCCCUCAGUGGUGACACCCAGGGCGACCCACCCCCACCGCACCCCCCCUUCCUCUGCCCCUGAUUUAAAGCACAUCAUCAUCAUCAUCAUUAUUAUUCUGCUGUUUAUUUAUUGAAGUUACCUUAAACAAUACAUUGUUUACAAUUCACAGUAAAUUGAAGAGCUAUUCUGAUUAUUUUCUUGCUCCAGAGUUCUUUUCUUUCUUUUUUAAAAAAUAUAUAUGCAUUUUUAACUAUUACUACUAUCAUGAGACGUGGGUGGCACUGUGGUCUAAACCACUGAGCCUCUUGGGCUUGCCAAUCAGAAGGUCAGCGGUUCGAAUCCCUGUGAUGGGGUGAGCUCCUUUUGCUCGGUCCCUGCUCCUGCCAACCUAGCAGUUCAAAAGCAUGCCCCAAAAUGCAAGUAGAUAAAUAGGUACCGCUCUGGUGGGAAGGUAAACGGCGUUUCAGUGCGCUGCUCUGGUUUCGGUAUUCCAUUGUGCCAGAAGCUGAUUAGUCUUGCUGGCCACAUGACCCAGAAAAACUGUCUGCAGACAAAUGCUGGCUCCCUUGGCCUGUAAUGUGAGAUGAGCACCGCAACCCCAGAGUCGUCUGCGACUGGACUUAACUGUCAGGGGUCCUUUAUCUUUACCUUUUUUACUUCUAUCAUUAUUACUAUUAUUACUAUUAUAUUAUAUUAUUAAAUUUUCUCAAAGAAUUAUUGGGACAGUAGUUUAGCCCUCACAAAGCUACAUUUCCCAGCACCCUUAGCAAACUACAGUUCCCAGGAUUAUCGUGUGCUUUGUGGAUGCAUGAUGUGGAUGUGACUGCAAAAUAAAAUUCUGUAAUGAAUAUACAUUAACCUAUGAACGUAAGAGCCUGCUGGAUCAGGCCAGUGGCCCACUUUUUCUCCAGCAUCCUGUUCUAGCAGCAGCCAACUGACCUGUAGAACCUGAACAGAAGAGAAUUAUUCUCUCCUAAGGUUUCCAGAAGCAUGUCUGCCUCUUACUGUGGGGACAGAGCACAGGGAUCCUGCCUUGUAGCUACUGAUAGCUUUAUCCUCCACGAAUUUGCCUAAUCCUUUUUUAAAGCCCUCCAAGUUGUGGCCAUCACUGCUUCCUGCAAGAGUGAAUUCCAUAGCUUAACUACAGUGGUACCUUGGUUCUCAAUCCGUUCCGGAAGUCCGUUCCAAAACCAAAGUGUUCCAAAACCAAGGCACGCUUUCCUAUAAAAAGUAAUGCAAAAUGGAUUAAUCUGUUCCAAACUUUUAAAAACAACCCCUAAAACAGAUUUGUAACAUGGAUUUUACUAUUUAAUGAGACCAUUGAUCCAUAAAAUGAAAGCAAUAAACAAUGUACUGCAGUCACACAAUCAAUCAAUCAGUCAAUCAAUCAGUCAGUAGCUGAACUGGUUCCACACAGUCACAAAAACAAAAACGCAAAAUAAAUAGCAAAAACAGACAGACCGCAGCCUAACACUCAAAAUGGAAGUGUGGCACUCGAAUCAGAAGCGUAACGCUCAAAAUGGAGCAUGUUCGGCUUCCAAAAAAAGUUCGCAGACCAGAACACUUACUUCCGGGUUUGCAGUAGUUGGGUUCCAAGUUGUUUGAGUACCAAGGCGUUUUGAGAACCAAGGUACCACUGUAUACGCUUUGUGAAGAACUUUCUUUUGCCUGUCCUGAAUCUGCCAGCAAUCAUCUUCAUUGGAUGCCUACAAGUUCUAGUGCUGUGAGAGAAGGAGAAAACUCUUCUCUACCCAGUUUCCAUACCAUGUACAAUUCUAUGCUAUCGUGUUGCUUUUUAACUCUGUGAAAGACAUAGAGUAAAAAUAUCCAGUCAGUGGUGCUGCCCAACUGCUCGGUGCCAAAAGGAUGGCUAAGUCAGAAAGAGGUGGACCUUCUCUGGACAAAGGAUUCUGCAAACAGAACCCAUUCCACAGACACAUUCUCUGGUCUGGGGAAUAAGUGUGUGCUUAACAGUGAGUGCAAACCCUUAUGUCUUCUCUCCCUGCAGGAUAGGAUACCAUAUCCCCAUGUUUCUUGGAUUUGUCAUCAUGUUCCUAUCCACCCUUUGUAAGUAUCCUGCACCUCAUACCUGGCCUUCAGGUAUCUUUGUUGAAUGGUUUCUUUAAAUGUAAAGGUUCAUCACUGUUCCACCCGAUGUGUAUGUCUUUAAGGGGCCAGAGCAAGGGCCGGAGCAAGAUAAUGAGACCCAGCUUUACAGCUGUGAAACAUAGCAGGUGCUGCUGAGUUGUAUUGAUUAAGCUGUGUUGGCAAUUGGGUGUAGUAUAUAAGGAGCAGCACCUAGCUCUCCCAUUACCCUGGGGGAUGGGUUGGUGGUUGGGUCAUGUUGGUUUGUUGAUGUAUUUAGUGUAUAAGGAGUUUUUGUUUUUCUUAUUAAAACCUUGUUUAAGUUACUUUUUGAGUCCCUUUUUAAUGCAUGGUCUCCCCAGCAAGCUCUCUGCAGCGCUACCAUACUGCAAAUAGCCAACAAUCUUGUCUACGAGAUUGUGAAAUUUGCCUAUGAGUAAAAGUAAUAUUUUUUUAAGCAAGCAGGGUGCUUUUUGUUGUUAUUGUUCUUAGAGGAUCCACACGUGCGUCCUAGUGGGCAUCCAUGUAGGAAAAAAGCAUUUUCUACUAUGUGAGGAAAAGGGGGAGAAAUACCUCUUUUGUGAUGUUAUUUGCCAUCUGCAGAUUUUAUAAGCUUGUGUGUUAAAAGCAUUUUUAAAUAAUAAAAAAUAGCUGCCUGAAUUAAUCAGGACACCUUUUUCGUGGAUUAAAAGUUUUUAAACUGACCAAUUAAUCUACAGAACAUUGCAACCUUUAUUACAAGUCAGGCCUGUAACAAAAUGCUGCAGUAUUUAUUCUCAUGCUCACCCCAUAAUCAGAAUGCUGCAAGUGGAGGUCAUCGACUCACCUGCCAUGCCAUCCUCCAGAAUAUUCCAUUCUCCUCCUCCCUUCCCACCAGUCCUCAUUGGGCUGUUUCAGUGGCGUAGCGUGGGUUGUCAGCACCCGGGGCAAGGCAAGUAAUUUGCGCCCCCUAACCCGUGGAUUUUAGCACUCGAGUCUCUUCCACUAGAUUAGUUAAAGAAACCCUUACCCCCUAAGCACAUGUAUUGUUUGUUAUGAAAAUACUGAUGUAAUUAAAGUAAAAUGCGUCUAAAUACAAGUUUACUUUCAAACACUUCAUUGAGUGCGAACAUGCAUUACACAUUCUCCACAUUUUCAGCAGGUCUAUGAAUACAAAUUUACAAAUGUAGUAACCUAGCAUGGGCCAUGCUAUUAUAUGUCGUCUCACAACCAUCGUAAACGACAAAAAAUAUCAAGAACAAAAACUAAACAUCAAACUGGAACCAUACCCUGGAGAUGAUCCAAGACUGGGCUAGAUGGAGCCAACUUCCUCAAUCCUGUACCUCUAAUUGUAAUUCUUUAGUAGAAGUGCAAGAUAUCAAUCUGUAUAUACAGAUUAAUUUAAAUUCACCUGCUUUUAAUUAGCGCAAAUUUUUCAACAACAGAAUUGAAAUCUACAUUAAAGUCUCUCUCAAUGGACAUCUGCCUUGUGCACCAUCUCACAUCUGCCUUGUGCACCAGAUUCUUUUUUGUAUGGCAUGAUAUAGGUGCAGUAUUCUGCUAAAAUUCUAAAAAAAGAAAAAAAAGAAAAUCACUUUCUUGCCUUGCUGUACUUUUAGCACCCCUUCAUUGUAUAACCAUUUCUUUACUCUUAACAUAAUGUUUAUUCACCUUCAUGCCUAUUGCCUUACUCUUUCAGCAAAAUAAAUAAAUAAAUUAAAGGUUGCUAGACCCACUGGCUUACAUCAACUUAUGUUGAGCUGGAGCAGCUACAUAUGGAUCGAAAUCUGUCUCGUCACUGUUGAACCAACCAAACUUCAAUCCAUCUGGUCAGCUCAACAUGCAGAAUGACCAGCGUGCCCCCUUUCAAUGCAGAGAGACUUACCUGCAGCGGCAGCUUCUACUCAGUUCCCCGCGUCUCCUCGAGUCCUCCCGCCUCCUGCUCGGCAGCUCAGCCAAUUGCAUGCAUUUGCCUUUUGGUCAAUGAGGAAGUGGAUCCCACUUCCUGAUUGGCUAGGAGGAGGAUCCGUGUGACAAUAGCGAAUUUUUUGCGAAAUCUGUGACAGCGCUGAGAGAGUGUGAGUGAGCCAGGUAGGGGCAGAGAGCUGCGCGUGCGAGCGCGCCCCCCCCCAGAUGUUGCGCCCGGUACGGCCGGCCCCCCCUGCACCCCCCACGCUACGCCACUGGGCUGUUUUAUUUCUCAGUCUUCCCUUAGACAUUUACAUUCUUAUAUAUGUUUGUUGUGCUUCUGCAAACCACAGCCCUCUUGUUUCUCAAGCCCUAUUUUGGCUCAAAUCCUGUCAGCACUCACCAUCUGUGUUUGCUAUUAGAGCAGGCGUGGAGAAUCUUGGGCCCUCCAGGUGUUCAUGAACUACAACUCCCAUCAUCCCUCACCUUUGUCAAUGCUUGCUGGUGUUGACAGGAGUUGUAGUUCAGCGACAUCUGGAGGGCUGAAGGAAUUAGAGGUAUUGAUAACUGCUGCUGUUAUAAUUACAGUGGUACCUCUGGUUAAGAACUUAACUCGUUCCGGAGAUCCAUUCUUAACCUGAAACUGUUCUUAACCUGAGGUACCACUUUAGCUAAUGGGGCCUCCCGCUGCCGCGCGAUUUCUGUUCUCAUCUUGAAGUAAAAUUCUUAACCCGAGGUACUAUUUCUGGGUUAGCGGAGUCUGUAACCUGAAGCGUUAGUAACCCAAGGUACCACUGUACAUUCCUCCUUUUCAGCCUGGGAUUCUCAACAUAGACUACAAAUAAGAUGCAAUAGCAAUAACUGAAGCAGCAAUAUCAUGGGGCAGGGCUGGGGAACCUCAAGCCAAGGGGCCAAACAUGGUCCUCCAAGCCUGUUUGUCUGGCCCUCAGAACUUCCCUCAGAUUACAUGCUCUGCCCACUUUUGUCUCUGGCCCCGCCCAACACAGGCACAUGGCCAUCAGAAAGUUGCUGGGAAGAGAAUGCGGGCCUUGAGAGAAUGUUCCCCAUCUCUGCUGCAGAGGGUUUAAAGCACUUCACAAACAUCAAACCAAUAACCUGACUAUGCCACUGUUACAACUGGGCACAUCUAUUUCCUUCUCUUAGUGUUUGCGUUCUCGAGUACCUACACUUUGCUGUUCAUCGCCCGAGCGCUCCAAGGCGUUGGCUCUGCCUGUUCGUCUGUUGCAGGUAAAUAUGUGGGCAAGUCUUACCAGCAGUGCUGCUACGAUUAUAUCCUGGGGUGCCAGCAGACACCAGCCCAGUCCCUGUGUGCAUAGAGGGUGCACCUUAGAGGAGGGGCUGCAGCUGUAGCUACAUGCUACCUGGAGAGGGUGGCGCUGUGGUCUAAACCACUGAGUCUCUUGGGCUUGCCAGUUGGAAGGUCAGCAGGUAGAAUCCCCGCAACGGGGUGAGCUCCCGUUUCUCUGUCCCAGUUCCUGCCAAACUAGCAGUGUGAAAGCACACCAGUGCAAGUAGAUAAAUAGGUACAGCUGUGGUGGGAAGGUAAACGGUGUUUCCAUGCAUUCAGGUUUCCAUCACAGUGUUCCAUUGCACCAGAAGCGGUUUAGUCAUGCUGGCCACAUGACGUGGAAAGCUGUCUGUGGACAAACGCCGACUCCCUCUACCUGAAAGCGAGAUGAGUCCCGCAACCCCAUAAUCGCCUUUGACUGGACUUAACCGUCCAGGGUUCCUUUACCUUUUCUUUUUACUUUAGAAGGUACACCAUAGAGGAGGGGCUGUAACACAUGCGUUGUGUGGAAAAGGUAUCAGGUUCUCUCCCUAGCAUCUUCGGGUAGGACUAGGACCCUGUCUAAAACCCUAAAGAGCUGGUACCAGUGGAUGCUGGUCCAUUAGGGGGGAAAGGGCACUGCCCCACUAACCUGUCAACCUUCAACCAGACCCCAUCUUCCUGCCAUCACACCUCUGGUUGAGAACUUCCUUCUCCUUAAUCUCAGAGUUGCCCUUGUAGAGCUCAGUAUGGAUGAUGGGACAAAACUGCAAAGAGCUUCCCUUGACUAUGGCUCUACCCGCUGCUGGCUUCCUUGCCUCCUGCACCCCCAACGGACGCUACUGCCCACUUGCCAGAUAGUCAGAUAGACCAAUGACCUUGCACUCUGUAAGGCAGCCUCCUGUGCUACUAAAUGAGGAGUCCAGAAUGACACUCAAAACUUAUUUCUUCACUACCUAUAGCCCACCUUUCCUCCAAGGAGCUCAAGCAUAGCUCUCCUGCUUCCCUUUUUGCCCUCAAAACAAUCCUGUGAGGUAGGUUAGACUGAAAGACAAGGAUUGGCCCAAGGUCACACAGGGAGCUUCACAGAUGAGUGGAGAUUUGAACCCUGGGCUCCUAAGUUGUAGCCCAACACGCUUACCACUUCACCACAGUGGCUUUAUUCUCUCUGUUUGCAGGUCUGGGGAUGCUAGCAAGUGUGUACACGGAUGACUACGAGAGGGGAAAUGCCAUGGGAAUAGCCUUGGGGGGCCUGGCUUUGGGAGUGCUGGGUGAGUAAUCCUUCACAUCCACAGCAAACAGGUAGAAACGUCAGAACUUAUGCUGGUGGAUUGCCUCUCUAUACUGCUUCAGUCUUUCCUUUGCUCAGCUUCCAUUAUCCCGUCUAAUUAGACCUGGGACUCAUCAGGCAUUGCUGGACUCCAACUCCCAUCAGCCUCAGCCAGCAUGGCCAAUGAUGAAGGAUGACGAAGACUGUAGUCCAACUACCUCUGCUGAGCUACAGGCUCCUCCUCAUUUCUGAGUCUUCAUCACCCAAGCCCAACACACACUGUCCGCUGCGCUGUGUUUAUCCACUAGCCUGCUGCUAAGCAUCACAUUCCUGUGGUCCCCUGAACCACUAUUUCUAAUUUGUGAUGCCCACUUAGAUCCAGGCAGGUUGUUUAGUUAUGUCACAAAUUGUAUACAGUAUUCUGCUUGAUGGCAAUAAAAACCUCAAAGCGGUUUACAGAAAGAAUAAAACAACACAAUCAUGAGAUGAAAACACACAGAGGUAAAAACAACUUCAGUAUUUAAACUGUUAUAAACAAUAAAAAUCAACGAUAAGCAAAAAGCCAAAUUAAAACGCUUGCCAACAUUCUACUUGUUUGAACAGGCUUGCCUAAACAAAAUUGUUUUUAGCAGGUAAUGAAAAGAGUCUAGUGAAGGUGUCUGCCUUACAGUAUGUCAAGAAGCAGGGAGUUCCAAAUCUCCAUGGUGCCAUAAGCUCUCAUGGGCUUAAACUAGCCGAUUAUCUCCCCACUUUCCCCUCCUCUCUGUCUCAACGAUAGACUCACAGUCUGCUCACCUUACAGUACCUGCUUCCUCCUCCUCCUCUUCUUCCUCUUGUCUUCCCCAAUUCAUGCUCAAGGCCUCUUGGGCGCAGGGAUAUGUCUUGGGGCAGGGGGCUGUAUGAAACACUGUAAGAAUGUGUAAAUGUGCACUGAUGCCUCUGUAUGAACAGUAACAGUAUUAAUAAAUGGGAGAUCAUAAAGAAUAAAAAUGAUUUGUCCAAUCAUGCUAGCAAACUUUCUCCCCUCCACUCCAUUGAAGCGAACUACCUUCAUUCUGAAGGGAUGUGGGUGGUGCUGUGGGUUAAACCACACAGAGCCUAGGACUUGCCGAUUAGAAGGUCGGCGGUUCGAAUCCCUGUGACGGGGUGAGUUCCCAUUGCUCAGUCCCUGCUCCUGCCAACCUAGCAGUUCAAAAGCACGUCAAAGUGCAAGUAGAUAAAUAGGUACCGCUCCAGCGGGAAGGUAAACAGCGUUUCCGUGCGCUGCUCUGGUUCGCCAGAAGCAGCUUAGUCAUGCUGGCCACAUGACCCGGAAGCUGUAUGCCGGCUCCCUCGGCCAAUAAAGCGAGAUGAGCGCCGGAACCCCAGAGUCGGCCAUGACUGGACCUAAUGGUCAGGGGUCCCUUUACCUUCACCUUCAUUCUGAAGCCUUGGAGGAAUCAGGUGCUGAUCCUCAGAGGCAGGAAUAUGGAACCUCGGACUCUGAAGACCAAAUGCAGCCAUCCAAGCCUCGGGAAUCUCCUCAGGCCAUACCAGAUACACUGCCCCUGUUUCAUGCCCCUUUUUGGCAGUUUUGCCUGGCUGAAGUGUGUUCUUGAACUCGGCUCAUGCCUCUACCUUUGAUCUGCAUGGAGAGCAGAGCGCGGUGUUUGCUUCUGCGUAGAAACUAGCCUACUGUACAAUGCCAACAUUCACAUUUGCUGCUUCACCCAGUUUUCCUCUGGCUCUGCUGGCUACUGGCCACUUGAGGAAUGGAGUUUAUCUCAGUGAAGACCACCACACUUCACAAAGACCUUACUUGGAAAAUAAAUACAACCCAGGUGGUUAAGAAAGCCCAGCAGAGACUCCAUCUCUUCAGAGUAUUGCGGAAGAACGAUGUCAAUCAACAUUUGAUGAUCUUCUACCAGUCAACAAUAGAAGGUGUCCUUUCAUACUGCAUCACAGUGUGGUAUGCUGGUUUGACAUCAUCUGAUAGGAAGUGCCUACAGAGGGUGUUGAAUACAGCACAAGAUAUUAUGGGCCGUCCCGUGAAUCCGCUGGAUGAAAUAGCGGAAGAACGUUGCCUCAGGAGAGCGAGGAAAAUUCUCAGGGAUGAUUCACACCCUAGCCGGCACUUUCUUGAUCUCCUGCCCUCAGGCAGAAGAUAUAGAAGCACGAUUAGUCGCACCAACAGGGUAAAGAGCAGCUUCUAUCCAUGGGCUGUUAGGCUGCUGAAUGAAAAUAUAACAACAGGGCAACUGACUUUCAGGUUUGGUGGGUGUGCAUCAGUAAACGAGGUUAAUUAAGACUAAGAGGUCUGAGUGGGGGGUCCUCGUGUAAUCUCACUGUAUACAAGUUGUACAAGUGACAAUAAAGUAUUUCAAUUCAAUAUUUCAAUUGAAUGCUCCCCUUGGGGGUGAGAAGGGUUCCCCACUGCUAUAAACCUCUUUCUGUUUCUAUGGUUGCUUUUUCCAACACUGACGGAGCACUGAUCAUCACUGUUUUCCUUGCAGUCGGUGCUCCUUUUGGAAGUGUCAUGUAUGAAUUUGUUGGGAAAUCAUCUCCUUUUAUGAUCUUGGCAUUCUUAGCUCUUUUGGAUGGAGGUGAGUAGCUCUCUGGGGUGUCAUGCAGUUGGGCAGUUUGGCAAAUUUAGGCUCUGGACUUAAUGGUCUUACAAGGCAUGUGUGGGGCAGGACUCCCUUCAAAAUGUGUUGAGCCAGCUGUGAUGUAUUUGAGGACCCCCCUCCCCAUGCUCAUUCUGGUGUGCAGGGGCAUGGAUACCCUACCAUGAUGACACAACUAGUGGCAGGAUCAAGACAAUUGCGUGACUGAGGCAAGGUGAGCUACAAAUAUCCACACCAUACAUUUAAAGUCCAUUUAACACACAGUUAAAUUACAUGGCUUAUUCAAAAGAACCCUGGGAACUGUAGUUUUUAAGUGUGCUGGGAAUUAUAGUUCUAUGAGGGGUAAAAAGGUAAAGGACCCCUGGACAGUUAAGUCCAGUCAAAGGUGACUAUGGGGAUGCGGCGCUCAUCUCGCUUUCAGGCCAAGGGAGCCAGCGUUUGUCCACAGACAAUUUUCCGGGUCAUGUGGGCAGCAUGAGUAAACUGCUUCUGUCACAACGGAACACCGUGACGGAAGCCAGAGCGCACACCGUUUACCUUCCCGCCACAGUGGUGCCUAUUUAUAUACUUGCACUGGUGUGCUUUCAAACUGCUAGUUUGGCAGGAGCUGGGACAGAGCAACAGGAGCUCAUCCUGUUUUAUGGUUUCAAACCCCAACCUUCUGAUUGGCAAGCCCAAAGGCUCAGUGGUUUAGACCACAGCGCCGCCUGUGUCCUUUACCUUUACUUUUAUGAGGAAUACACUAUUGGUCCCAGGAUUGUUUGGGGGAAGUCAAAUGCUUUAAAUGUGCCUUAAGUGCAUGUUGUGGAUGGGAUCUCAUCAGGCUGCAGUCCUUCAAUAAUAAUAAUAAAAAUUUGUUUAUAUCCCACCCUCCCCAGCCGAAGCCGGGCUCAGAGCGGCUACCAACAGUAAAAGUAACACAGCAUUCUACAAUCAAUUCAUUGUAAAUCAAUUCAGAAUCAAAUUAAUGGCAACCAUUGGGCUAGAGUUCUAUGAGGAUUACCAAAGGAGGGGGGUCAGACUGUGCCUUGGCCAAAGGCCUGGUGCAGGCCCUGUGGAAAGAUGUCAAGUCCCGCAGGGCCCUUGUCUCUUGUGACAGUGUUCCACCAGAUUUGGGCCACAGCCGAAAAAGCCCUGGCUCUGGUUGAGGCCAGCCUAACCUCCCUGUGGCCCGAGACCUCCAAGAUGUUUUUGUUUGAAGACCGUAAGGUCCUCCGUGGGACAUACCAGGAGAGGCGGUCAUGUAGGUACAAGGGUCCUAGGCCGUAUAGGGCUUUAAAGGUUAAAGCCAGCACCUUAAACCUGAUCCUGUACUCCACUGGGAGCCAGUGCAGCUGGUAUAGCACCGGGUGAAUGUGAUCCCGCAGCGAGGACCCCGUAAGGAGUCUCGCUGCAGCAUUCUGCACCCGCUGGAGUUUCUGCAUCAGUCUCAAGGGCAGCCCCAUGUAGUGUGAGUUACAAUAAUCAAGUCUGGAGGUGACCGUCACAUGGAUCACAGUGGCUAGGUCAGGGCGAGAGAGGUAAGGAGCCAACUGCUUAGCUUGGCAGAGAUGAAUAUAUUUCCCUUGAAGUAAAUAUCACUAAACAUAGUGGGACUUAUUUCUGGAUAAAUUUGCUUAGGAUUUGACCGCCCAAGCUCCAAAGCCAAAUGAGAGCCGAGAUCACAGCCUCACCAUACAUUUAACUCCCAUGACUUUUCCCCCUGCAGAGAAUCUUGGGAACUGUAGUUUGAUAAGUAUGCUGGGAAUUGUAACUCUUGUGAAGGGUAAACCACAGUUCCCAGGAUUUGUGGGGAGUGAGUGAAGCAAUAAAUUGAAAGAGAGGGAGCAUCAAAACAUCACCAUUAAGAGCAAAGUUGAAAUGACAUUCCAAGAAAAGCAAGCCAGUAACAAUAUUUCUGUGUUAGCUUUACAGCUUUGUAUCUUACAUCCAUCAAAGAUUUCGCCUGAGGUAGGUACAACAUACACUUAUUAGUUUUUUAAUUGUUUUAGAAUUAUUGCAAAAAAUAAAAUCUACCUUUUUCUGUGUGUCUUCCAGAGUACGAAAGGGACUCCGCUGUUGACCUUGCUAGGAGACCCUUACAUUUUGAUUGCAGCAGGUAAGUCGCCAUGCCUUCCUCCUGGAUAUUUGGGGUCAUGGAUAUUCAUCACUGGAAUUUAGCUUUUUUGGAUAUGGAGCUGGCGAGAGGAACAUUUUUAUAAACUUCAGAAAAUAUGUGCACCCCUCCCAGAAACAAAACUAAACCCCAAGCAUCAAUCAAGGGGGAGGGCAAAACAAACACAUUUAUUAAUAAAAUAAAUUAAUUAAAAAGCAGCUCCCUUUUCUAAGAGCAGGACUAGCCGACAUGUGGCCCUCCAGAUGCUUCUGGACUAAAACUGCCACCAUCUUGAUCACUGGCCAUGCUAGCUGGGGCUGAUGGGAGUUGCAGUUCUGGAGGGCUGCAGGUAGCGCCAGCCCUAUCAUUGGGCAUGAGGAGGCAGCUGCCUCAGGCAGCAGAUGCUCUGGAACAGCAGCAGCUCCAUUCUUCUCUGUUGCCACAUGUCCCCCUUCUGGGUCCUCUAAAGUUCUGGAUACUGUAAAGGUCCUCCUGCUACCUUAGGUGUGGUGGAGAAGGAUGCCUCACCACCUUGUUGAAGUCAGAUUCACCUGCCAUUUCAUUCACCUUCUGUACAUUGAAGGGGGAGGCAUUUUCCCCUUUGCGUGGGGCAGCAAAACGUCUUGGGCCAGCCCUGGCUGCAGGAGAGCCUCCCCUGUUUUAGUGAACCUUUGCUCCUCUGAUUCUACUGCUUUUGUCACUUUGAAUGUUUGAUUCUUUCAAUGAAAUACAUGCCGAGGGAAACAGUGGAAAGAAACAAGAUCUGUUGGGUUGAGAAUAGGGAGGUCCCCAUUUUCAUUUGCGGGGAGAACUUAUUUGUUUUUUUAUUGUUAUUAUUAUUUCAGGCUUUCUACAUACAUUAUCUCCUUCCAGUUUUAAAAUUUCCCGUACAAUUUCCUCUUCCCCUCCCUCCCCCCCAUAUCCGUUGGAAGGGUUCAAACAAUCAUCCUCAGACACAGGCAUAGCGUCUUUAGUUUCCACCAAAUGUCUUUUGUUCCAGUAGUUUCUAUCCAUUGAAGAUGGGAGUUCCAUCUGUUCCGUAUCGUCCUUCCACGAUGUUUCCUGUGACAUUACUGUGACAAUGUCCAACUGAAUAAGUUCAAACAAAUAACUAUUCCAUGCCUCUACUGUCCAUUUUUCUUUAUCUUUCCAACCUAAAGCUAUCGUUGCCUUUCCCGCUAAUAUCAUAGCUUUGAAAGUAAACUGGUCCCCUUUCUCUAUAGCCAUGUUUCUAAGUAUACCCACUGUCAUGAAAUCAAAGUCUAUUGGAAGCUUCACUUUAAACAGCUCAUUAAUAACCUUUAGGAUUUUAUUCCAGAAUUCCUUUACCUCUGGGCAUCGGCGGGAACUUAUUUGUAUUCUGAUUAUUUAUUAAUUCAUAUUGCCAAAAGGGGCUUCAAAAUAUACUACUUCUGGCGCUUCUGGGAUUCUCUGCACCAGGCGUGGGGAAGCUAUAGCCCUCCAAAUGCUGUUGGAAACCCAACUCCCAUCAGCCACCGCUGGCAUGGACAAUGGUCAGGGAUGAUGGGGGAUUGCUUUGCCUUUUGCUUUCUUAACAAGAAUGGUGACCAUGCAGGUAUCUCUCAUCUCCCUCCAGGCUCAAUCUGCUUUGCCAACAUGGGGGUUGCGAUCCUCGAAGCCACUUUGCCCAUUUGGAUGAUGCAAACCAUGUGCUCCCCAGAGUGGCAACUGGGUAGGUUCCUUUUCAUAUCCUUCCUGGCUAUCAGUUGGCAAAGGCCACUAGCCUUUAGCCAAAGGGGGUCUGAAGUAGCCAAGGAGUGACUUUCAGGUGAUUGUGAGGUUCUUGGGGGGGGCAAUUCUUGGGUGGCAGGUGUUGGGAUGGGGGUCAGCAGCAGCAGCCCCCUGCCAUUCCUCUUGAGCUCCCUAGCCAUUCUAGGGCUCUGUGUGCCAUGCAUUCUGCUUUGUUAACCUGCUGUCCUCAGGUGUGCAGGUUAGACCAGGUGUCAGCAAACUUUUUCAGCAGGAGGCCAGUCCACUGUCCCUCAGACCUUGUGAGGGGCCAGACUAUAUUUUUGGGGGGGGAAUGAACGAAUUCCUAAGCCCCACAAAUAACCCACAGAUGCAUUUUUAAUAAAAGCACACAUUCUCCUCAUGUAAAAACACCAGGUAGGCCCCACAAAUAACCCAGAUAUGCAUUUUAAAUAAAAGGACACAUUCUACUCAUGUAAAAACAUGCUGAUUCCUGGACCAUCCGCAGGCCAGAUUUAAAAGGCGAUUGGGCCAGAUCUGGCCCCCGGGCCUUAGUUUGCCUACCCAUGGGUUAGACACUCCCAUCACUAGCCUUGAGGUAAAAGGACUUUGAGACAACCUACUUAUUUGAGAGUUCAUUCUGAUUUGUUUCCAGGGAGAUUAGACAAUGUUGGCUAGUUAAUGAAAAUUCAUUCUAAUUUGUUUCCAGAGAGAUUAGAAGAGGCUGGCUAUUUACUGAGCAUUCAUUUUGAUUCCUUUUGUGUGGAGUUAGAUGCAGUUGGCUAUUUAAUGAACACCUGUUUUGAUUGUGGUUGUGUGUGUGUGUGUGUGUGUGUGUGUGUGUGGAGAGGUUAAACAACAUUCUGUCAAUGCUAGCAUUAUCCCACACUUUCUACUACCUUUCCUCAUCACUCUCCUUAUCACAAAUGCUGUGAUCUUUUCGGAAAUUGGUCCGCUUUGCAAGACUGGGAAGGCUGAUUAAUUGCACACCAUGAAUUUGCCAAUGUGUGAUUUAAUCCCAUCUGAAAAUAGCUGCAGUCUGGAAGUGCCCCAAGAGUCAACUUGCAGUCCACUUGGCUUCAAUAUAUGGAAUAGAUGGGGCAUUAUCUUCACCUUAGCUAGUAAAAUGACUUGGGCCUGAAUGUGCAUGGUUUUGCGUGCAACUAGGUGUGAGAGCACUUUUCCACCCAUGCCUCCAACUGCUAACUUCAAGAGGAACCCAACCCACCCCCGCCAACACAACCAUAUCAAACAACAUGGCUUUUGAAGGUGCAGCUACAGAUUUAAAACAGCAACAACAAAGGUAUCUUCGGAGGCACAGGAAGGGUGACUCGGUACAUGGCAAUUAUGUGCUGCCUUGGAGACUGGAUAAUGAGAUGAAAUUGCCUACCUUUUCUGUAAAACGCCUCCCCCCCCCCCCGAAAUUCAAUUUGGGGAGGAGGGGCCUGGGGGGAUGCUCUCAGCUAUGCUUUCCUCCCAAAUUAAAUUGCUACCUAGGCUCAGUAGUGCUCCCGAGAGCCACUAAUCAAGUUAACUACCAGUUAGUCAGCAGGAAGCCUUGGCUAAAUAAGGGCCUGUGAGCAUGACCUUUCUGCUCGCUUCUAAGAACAAGCAGUGGAGCAAACAAGGAUGAGAAGGAUGUUACAAACGAGAGACACAGAACCUGUGAAACAUGGGAAGAAGAAAGAGGAAUCGUUAUUCUGAAAUUGAGGAUAAGAUGUUGCUAGACUACUACUAUUCCUGAUCACUGCUGCCUGGGGCUGAUGGGAGAUGAAAUCUGACUACAUAUGGAAGGCUGCUGAUUCCUCAUCUCUGCAUUAGUGGCAAAGAUCCCACUGCUCUCUUUUCAGGGCAGUUGCCUUGUUUGGACCAUGAACAGGAGACUAUGCAGAACAAUGGACAUCUGGGUACGACCAGAUUGGUACUGCAGGACCUUGGAUAGCUCCAAGAUGACAACUUGCUCCAUAAGGGCUGGAGCUGGAGUUGUUUGAGAACUUUUUAUCCUUUCUUGCCAGCCUAUCCCCCCAGACUUCUAUCCCUUCAUGAACAGUGGAGAACCUUAUAGUCCUCUGCUCUGGAGCCUAGCACUUUGUCAACUCUCAGUCACUUCCCAUCAUGUGUGAGAUACACGUACACAUCAGCUGGGUUACUGGCACACUGGUUCAAAUCCCUGCUUCUUAUAGUUGUCCACUGCGUGAUCCUGGGCGCCAGUCAUUGAGUUGUAUCCAAUGUUAGUCCUACUAGUAGACCUAUUGAAAUCAAUAGACCUGAGUGUUGGUUGUCAUUGAACCAUGUAUGUAUGCCACCUUGAACUCCUUGUAGAAAAAAGUGAUAUAUGAAUGCAAUAAAUAAAUAACUAAGGGCAAUAAAAUAAUAAAUAGCCCCAGCUCAUAUGGAGCAAGCCUUAUGAGGAACAGUUGAGGGAGUUGGGCAUGUUUAACCUGAAAAAGAGGAGAGUGAGAGGAGAGCCAUCUUCAAACAUCUCAAGGGCUUUACAUGGAAGAUGAAACAAGCUUGUUUUCUUCUGAUCCGGACUGUAAGACUCAAAUCAGUGGAUUCAAGUUACAAGAAAGGAGGUUCUGACUAAAUGUUAAGAGUAGCUUUCUGAUGGUAAGAGAUGUUUGACAGUGGAAUGGGCUCCCUCAGGAGGUAGUGGACUCUCCUUCCUUGGAGGUUUUUAAGCAGAGGUUGGAUGGCCAUUUGUCUUGGAUGCUUUAGUUGAGAUUCCUGCAUUGCAGGGGGUUGGACUAGAUGGUCCCUUGCAACUCUACAGUUCUAUGAUUCUAUGAGUACAAUGGAACCUUAAGCCUGAUUAAUUAAACAUGGUUCCAGUCCAGUAGAUAAAACCUAACAAUGAGCAAGUAGAUUGUAACAGCUGUAACAGUACGUGGGUGGCACUGUCGUGUAAAUCACUGAGCCUCUUGCGCUUGCUGAUCGGAAGGUUGGUGGUUUGAAUCCAUGAAAUGGUGGUGAGCUCCUGUUGUUCUGUCCCAGCUCCUGUCAACGUAGCAGUUCGAAAGCACACCAGUCCAAGUAGGUAAAUAGGUACCGCUGAGCUGGGAAGGGAAAUGGCAUUUCCGUGCGCUCUGGUUUCCAUAAUGGUGUUUCGUUGCACCAGAAGCGGUUUAGUCAUGCUGGCCACAUGACCCGGAAAGCGUGUCUGUGGACAAAUGCUGGCUCCCUCGGCCUGAAAGCGAGACGAGCGCCAUACCCCAUAGUCCUCUUUGACUGGACUUAACCGUCCAGGGGUCCGUUACCUUUUUACCUUUUUAAGGUCUUUUGUGGUCUUUGCAGCAACAUCUGGUUGGCCCAGGCAUUCCCAACAUGCGGCCCUCUAGAUGUUUUGGCCUACAACUCCCAUGAUCCCUAGCUAACAGGACCAGUUGUCAGGGAUGAUGGGAAUUGUAGUCCAAAACAUCUGGAGGGCUGAAGGUUGGGGGUGCCUGGGUUAGCCACUGUGAGAACAGGAUGCUGGACUAGAUGGGCCUUUGACCUGGUUUAUCAUACGUUCUUAAGGCUGACGAAUGACAUCAUCAUCAUUUUGAGUAUUUUUGAACUAUUGGCACAAGGCAUUUUUCAAUUAUUGCUUUUAUUUGCCUAACCUGGUGUUUCACAAGCAGAAGAGCAUGGAUUUUCCCAGAGCACUGGCAAGAUAAACAUAAGGGUUUAUCUUAGAGGAAAUUAAACACAAAUGGCUGGGUUUCAGUAAGGAUGCUGUGACAUAUCCAGGCAAACAGAGGUGCCUGCAACACAUUUGUAAGCCGGAGGAGAGUAAAUUAAAGCUAAGCAACUGCCAACCGACAGCCUGUCAAAUAUUUGAUUUGGAUUUAAUUAUAACUGCAGAUCAAAUUGUUGUUCUCUUGGUCCAGAGCAUGAGGCUGAAGUGAGGGAGGAAAUGGGUUGGUUUAAUAUGGACUAGUUUAAAAAAGGGGUCUGCCAUGGAACUUGUUUUGAAUACAACUUAGGUAUGGAAUAUCUAUGAUGCCCAGGGAUUCAGAGAGAUAGGAGUAUAUCUCAGCCAAGAUUUUGCAAAUGAUCAAAGGAGCUAGGGGUAAGAUUAUCCCAUUAUACCUUCAAAACAAGAAGACAUAGGAGCCUCCCCCCAAAUGGGCUCUGAAGAUGUUGUUUGACUACAUCUCCUAUCAUCCUUGACAACUGCCUAUGCUGGAUGGAGCUGGUGGGGGUUAUAGUUCAACAACAUUCAGGGAGCUAGUAGUGGGGAAGUCUAGUCCCACCUUUCACCACAAUUGGCAACAUGGAAUCUAGUUUUUUUAUUGUACAUGCCCCUCUUUCUCCCCUUAAGAGUACUUAGGAAUAGCCUUACUGGAUGGCUCAUUUGGUCAAUCAUCCACUUUCCAGUUGUGGCUAUUCAGAUGCUAUUCAGACUGGGCAACCCAGUCAGAUGAACAGAGUACAAAUACAUUAUUAUUAUUACUAUUGAAAUCCCACAAGCAGAGCUUGAAGGCCAUGUUUAGGGAAUGGUCUCCUGAUAGCUGGCAAUCUGUGUUUGUGAAUGAGAUACCCACCAGAGUUUUGAGAACAUGAUACCUGUGCAGUUUGGAGAGGAAGUGGAUAAUAAUAAUAAUAAUAGUAAUAAUAAUAAUAAUAAGUAAUGCUAUUAUUUUUAUAUGCCGCCCAUCUGGCUGGGUUUCCCAUCUGGCAACUGGUAUCAGCCAAUAACACCAUUAUAGCUGGAGGUUUCAUUUUGUUAUGAUGGCUAAUACCCAUUGUUAGACCGGUCCUCUGCAAAUAUGUUUCAUCCCAUUUUAAAAUCUUGUCCCUCCCCCACUCUAUAAAUAAAUAAAUAUAUAGGGACAUAUCUUCAAUGCAUACAUAUUGGUUUAACAAGACCUAUUGUCCCUGACCAUUGUUAGAGGAUUGGCCUCCUGUAGGUGUCCGCUGCUGCAUUUAUGUAUCUCUGCACGUGACAGGGAUUUAAGAAGAGUUCUGCAAGGUCAUUCUGUCCCUUUGCAGAAAAUGCCAUGUGCCUUUAUUUCAGACUGAUGCUUCUCUGUUUUGCAGGGGUAGCUUUCUUGCCUGCUAGCCUGUCUUACCUCAUUGGUACCAACCUCUUUGGGAUGCUAGCCAACAAAAUGGGGCGGUAAGUGGAGGAGCCCAAAGAUGUUUGAAUCCUGCAAAUCCAUGAGUCACUUUUAUGACUUUUGGGAAACACAGGACUUGCCUUAAAAAACUAUUCGUGCUGUUGCCCCAUCCAUCUCGGAUGCUGACUGGAAGCAGCAAUCCAGCCUUGGACUUUUUGCAUGCCAAGUUUAAUAAAGGCUUCCCCUUUCAUGCUGUUUUUUUCCUAAAUGAAAUAACGUCAAACGUAACCUUUAUUUGUAGGGCUGCAAAUCCAGCCCCCUGUUUGCCCCCUUCUUUCCCUUUUCUGGGUCAACAGUACCCUUUCUGAGAUGUACAACCAGAACUGCACAUAGUAUUCCAAGUGUGGUGUCAUCGUAGAUCUGUGUGACAGCAGCAUGAGAUUGUCAGUUUUAUUCAACCUGCUUAGCUUCAGAAAGGUUGCUGUGCCCUUCAGAUCAUGCUCGGAUCUCUCUCUCACCAAUUGCCUUUUCGUUAUAGGUGGCUCUGCUCACUGAUUGGGAUGGUGGUAGUGGGAGUCAGCCUCCUUUGCGUGAGUAUGCUAGUGAAUCUGUAUUCCAUGACUGACAUGCAGAGAAAUCAGCUGUAAUGGGGAGCCAGGCCAAGGAGCCGCAGGGCCAGCUUAACUCUGGCCAUCUGUGUUAUGAGUGGGAAAGGAAUCCUGGAAGAGAAUUUGGUGGCAGCAGACUAGUCAAGUAUUUUCUGUCCUAUGAAAUGAAGACCGAUGAUCCACCAGGAGAGCAAAAUCCACCCCCCACCCACCCAAAUAUUAAGGCAGUAGCCCAAUUCAGACUUAGGUUUCUCUCCAAUAAACAGUGGUUUGCUCAAGUGAUGAAUUAAAGUCAUAGCCCAUCUCCUUCCAUGCCCAUAUUUACAUAUGAAUUGUCAAGCCAUGGUUUCCUACCAUGCCCAAACCAGGAAACUGUGGUUUAAGCACUCCCCAUGUCAUGACCCAUGAAACCAGCAGCAAUCCAGGCACAGAGUCAGACGCUGCAGACUCACCAGAUAAGCAGCAGGAGCGUGACCUUGAACAUGCUGCAGGAGAUCAGACGACUUCUGGAUCCGAGGCUAUCCAGCAGGGAACCCCUGGAAGAGCCUUCUGUACCACUAAGGCCUAUAGGGCCAGGGCCAGGACCGUCCCGGGCACCUUCCCUCCAAGAAACAGAUUAGCUGAAGGGCUGGAGUAUCCUGGGAUGGGCCAUGGCUGGCUUGCUGGGACACUCCACACUGUGACGUUUUUGUCGCAAGACUCCUAAUCAAUGUCAUGCUUGGUACCUGAGUCGUCAUGUUGGAUUGAGAUGUGUUCUCUCAUUCAGUGGUGAAGCUGCCUGCUCUGGCACCGGGGGAGGAGAGCAGGCAGGGGUGUGGCUGGCGCACACGCCGCAGGGCAGGGCAUGUGUCCUGGGGGCAUGCGCGCCGCCUGUGGGGGCGUGGCGCCCAGCACAGUGGGGGGUGCGCGGCACGUGCCCGUGGGGGACGGUUGCAAUGGCACCCUCUCCCUGAUGGUGCCGGGGGUGCACUUCCCCUGCCCCCCCCCGUUCCUCUGCCAGUGCUCUCAUUUCAUAUCCAGGUGUUGAAUUCACAUGUCCAUGCUUUUAAGUCUGUAAAGCAGGGGUCGGCAAACUUUUUCAGACCUUGUGGGGGGCUGGACUAUAUUUUGAAGGGGGGGGGAUGAAUGAAUUCCUAUGCCCCACAAAUAACCCAGAGAUGCAUUUUAAAUAAAAGGACGCAUUCUACUCAAGUAAAAACAUGCUGAUACCCGGACCGUCCGCAGGCUGGAUUUAGAAGGCGAUUGGGCCAGAUCCGGCCCCCGGGCCUUAGUUUGCCUACCCAUGCUGUAAAGGAAAUAAGAGGCAGGGCACUGCUUUGGCUUUUAUUGUCGUUUCCAGGCCUUACCCCAAUCUCAUUUCUUUCGUUCUACAGGUCCCCCUGGCUCAAAAUCUUUAUGGACUCAUCGGGCCUAAUGGUGGAGUUGGCUUUGCCCUUGGUAAGGUUUUGAAGUCGUCCGCAGCAAACACAUAGAGCAAAAACGCAUGUUGAAAAACAGCCAAACAGCUUUAGAAAGGCUGGUGGGGAAAUUGCAGGCUUGAAGUUAAAAUGGAAGAUCCAGCUUAGCAUGCCAGGAAGAAAGGUCAUGGGGCAGUCUUCUCCUGGAUAUGCGGCUUUUCUAGGUGUGUGUGGGGUUUGACAUGAAGAAAGCAUUCCCUCCCACAAUACCCCCACCUGCAAUCCAAAGUGGUGCAGUCCAGGAUGAGCACACAUGCACUGUCUGCAGGCUCUUGGAUUUUGAGAAGGGCUGGAGGGGAGGUCACUAUCGUCCUGCGUGGACAGGCACUUCAAUCAUCAGAGGGGACCCAUCCUUGUUCUGGCCAGGAGCCCACCAGGUUUGGCCCUUGAUUGUCCACACUUGAGAUACCUCCAGACUGCCACUAUUUUGUGGGAGGGAUUCGAGUGCAUUGUGCCAAUUUAGGUUUGCACAAUUAAACUGGAUUAAAGCGCUUGUGCAACAAAUCUACUUUUUAAAAGAAUUGGAGUUUGAAAAGUGACAGGGAGGUGCAUUAAAAGGUGUGGAAUGAAAGAAUAAUGCUAAAUAAAGACUGAACCUCUGCAUUAGCUUUGUGCAAGCCAAACACUGUUCCAGCAGGCUGUUCUUACAUUGUUAAAUAAGGAUGGUUGUUCAAUAAAUAGUUUGCCUCAGGAAGUCCCUGGAAUAACAGGGGUCAUAAAUAUGGAUGAGAGAGGGCCCUUGGCCCUUUAUAUUCUGCAGCAGCAGGAGCUGAGCAAGUCUAGAAAAACUGUUGCCUUUUUAAUGGUGAUAACUGCAGACAGUAGAGACUUCUACUCUAGAAGAGAGAAGGAAGCUGAAAGGAACAGGUACUGCAGGAAUGGAAGAGUUCCCUGCCUUUCAUCCUGAGCAGCUUGAAUUCCCAAGACUUGCCUUUUAUAGGGUUCACUCCCUUGUGAAAUCUGAAUACUGGAGAUAAAUGAUAUUUUCGUAAUACAUGUUUACAAAUAUAUCCCCUGAACUUUGGGUCAGGGGGACUUCAAAAUCAGGGCAAAAAUGUGACCCAUUUUGGGUUGGGACUCUGAAUUCAGUAAAAAUAUUGCAGUCUUUGGCUGGAUCUACACAGAUAAAGAAAACGCUACAGGAAAACAUGUUCUACAAACUCUUAACGACAGAUCACUGUCCCUCAAUGCCAUCUGCUGUCGCAUGUUUAUAACGCAGUUAUAAGAAUAUACCGUAUUUUUCCAUGUAUAAGACUACGUUUUUUUCCUAUAAAAGAAUGUCAAAAAUUAGGGGGUGUCAUACUCUGGGCCAUCUCCCCCCAUUUUCUUAAAUCUGAGUCCCCCAAAAUAGUAUGCAUGCCCUUAUGCAUGGGGGCAUCUUAUAGACGGAAAAAUACGGUAAUUGACGAGUGUACCUGAGUCCCUAGUCUUUAAAGCUGCAUCAGUUUCCCAAAAGCAAACUGCAUGCUGGAACCCUACAAAGCUCCUGCUUGCCAACCAUCUACAAAUCUCAAAUUUCCCCUCCACUCUAACCCAGAUUAUCUUGAAAGCAUACUCUGUAACCUGAGAAGGGAAACCUCAGAGGACUGUAUUGUCACUUUGCUAUCGGUAUAACAGAAAUACGUUCCUUUGAUAGACAUCUGGCCUUCUGCGUCUCAGCUUUGUGUUCAUCCUCAGCCUGCACUGCAGAGACAGGGUGACUGCAACAUUGGGAUAAGAGAACAAACAAACAAACAAACAAACAAACAAACAAACAAACGAUGCAUGCUGGACCAGGAAACACAUUCUAGUUUAGUUGACUUUUUGCAUCUGACUCACAAGUAAGGAUCUUAAGAGGAGUCAACAGAUGGGUUAUUCAGAGUUGCCAUUUCAGCUUUUUGUGAUGGGGCAGGGCAAAGAUUUUGGGUUGUAUCGAAUGUUAGUCAUACACAGAGUAGACCCACUGAAAUUCAUGGACCUAAAUUUGUUGUCCUCAUUAAUUUCUCAGUACUCUGAGUAUGACUAAUACAAGCCUUUGCCUCUAUGUGCCAGGGAAAAUUCCCAGGGUAAUUCAAAAGGUCUGCUUGGAAUAUAUCUUCAAGACUGAAUUGCAUAAAUGUAGUGUGUUAAGAAAACGGGGGAGGCAAUGUAUUUUGGGGUUAUUUGUUGCAGUUAUUUCAUAAGCACCAUAUCUACCAACCAAUAAAUGUUAAGUGGAGAUAUUUUUUUUUUAUCCCAGCUUAGAUACAAUAAAAUUAUACCUAUAUAUGAUUGCUUCACAAUGUUUCACAGGGAUUCAUUAAUAUAAUCAGUGCUUUUUUCCCGGGGGAUACACAGGGAUACGCAUACCCCUAAACAUUUUGUAAAUCUUUGUUCUUUUGUCCAUUUACUGUAUUUAUUUUCCCCGAUUUGAACUAUAAAAUGGUGAUUUUCUUGAGUCAAAAUGAGAGUACCCCUAAACAUUUUUUUUAGAAAAAAAGCAUUGAAUAUAAUAUAAUAAUAUUAAUAUUUCAGAACAAUAAUCACAUGUGGUUUGAAACCUGGGCUAUGGUUAAAUACUACGUCUCAUGGCAUUUCCCCCCCUUUUGUUCUGGGAAUAGGUAUGGUGGAUUCUUCAAUGAUGCCGAUCAUGGGAUAUUUGGUGGACCUUCGCCACACCUCUGUCUACGGCAGUGUCUAUGCCAUUGCUGACGUGGCCUUCUGCAUGGGCUUUGCUUUUGGUAUGGAUGACUACUCAGCCGCCCUGUGGUUUCUUUGCCUAUCGGUUGCGCCCAUGUGCUGUUCUUUUCUAGCUUUUAAAUAUUUAACUCCAACCAAUACACCAUGCUGGCUUAUGACUGCUCCGACAGCAUCAUGAACACAAACCAUCAAGAAUGUGUGAUAGAAAAGGACAUCUGGAGGGGUCCUCAGGCUGCAGUAGAACAUUUGGCUUUUUUUUCUAAUUUCAACUGUAAUUUGCCAAAACAAAAAGUCACCUCAGAGAGUCUGUUGUGUCCCUUGCCCAACCUCAGAACAGAUGCAAGUUGUAAUUUGUAAAGUUGUCUUCAUCCCCCCAUCAGCUCCCAAUCAGCCCACUGUCUCUGAAAACUGCAUAGCUUUUGAAGGACACUGAAUGUUGAAAACAGAAUUUACUGCACAGCCUGAAUGCACUUAGCUCACUGAAUUAACUAAGCAUUGAUAUUAUUCUUUGCUUGCAGGUCCCUCUAUAGGGGGUUCUCUUGUACGGGUCAUUGGCUUUCCCUGGCUGAUGGUCAUCAUUGGAGGGAUCAACCUUGCAUAUGCCCCUCUCUGCUGGUUCCUGCGGAGCCCACCAGCUAAGGAGGAGAAGAUUGUAAGUUCACCCCCGAGGGAGUCAUCUGACCGAAUCCAAAGGGUUCCUAGUUUUCUUGUUUAUUUAUAUUAAACAUUUUGUACCCCACCUUUCCGUAAUGUUUCCAAGGUGCCUACCAGCAUCUGAAACCAAUAAACCAAAAGUAAUAUCAAAAGGGGGGAAAUUCUAGCAGGUGAAGUCCAAACGUAAGCAGCUAAAAUAUCCACUCUGGCCUGUGCCAUUAACCAGGGGAGCAAAGAGCAUUGGGAGACUGCUGCUGGAUCCUGUAGAAAAUGUGGAUCCAGUAGAAUUAAUCUGGAACUUAAGAAACACAUAGAGCUGAAAGAGGAGGAGGGGGAAAGUGUAACUCUUCCAACUUCCACCUUCAGAUCAAUCUAUUUUUCAAUGGAGAAAAGGGUAACAUCCCUCUCUGCAGAAGAGAUGACUGAGAGGCUGAACUUCCCAGGAAAUUCAUCAUGGAAAGGGGAGGUCCUGUUUUGCCCCAUCCAUUGGCCAGAGAAAGUGCAGAUGCAGUGAGCUUGCUUAACCCCUCCUUGUCAGAAAGAACAACGGGGAGUUGCCCCAGGAUUUCAGAACUGAGCACACUCUGGCCACAUUCACUAGCCAUGGGACUAAAGGUGGCUGGGAUGGAGGUUUUUGUAUUCUUCGGACUGGCAAGCUGCCUUGCAAAUAAUCUGAUCGAAAGGUUUGGUAUGAAUUUUCAAAGUGAAUCCCAAUUAAGAAAAUAUUAUAAAGUCAAAUUCAUGCAGGGGCUUACGAUGAUCUCUCCGUGUGACAAUUCUGUGCAAAAUUGAAACUGCCAGAAGCAACCUCCAAGGAAGGGCAUGACAUUUUGUGCCUCCAGCAUUGCUCCCUCUGUAGGACAGAUUGAGAUAUCUAUGCAUAGCCCGUGCCUCUCUUGCAAAUAGGAAAGAUGAUUGUGAGUAGCUUCUUGUUGGGUGAUCUGCAAAAGUGAGCAAACAUGUGCACACUCUGUUUCUUUAAGGCUAGUCUGUUAAUUAUUGAAACUCCAACCAUGCCUUCCUCCCUUCUUUCCAUCUGGGCUGCCAUGUCCAGAGCACCCAUUAACAGCAGCCUGCGUGUGGCACGGGUGCAACUCUGGCUACGUGCUGAUCAUACACUUAAAGCAUGAGCAAAGCCUCCCCAAAGCAUCCUGGGAACCAUAGCUUGGUACGGGUACAGGGCUGUGUGGCUGUGUGUCGGACAAACCAGGGUUCUUUGGGGGAAGUUGUGUGCUUUAUAUUGUUGUAAACAAAACCAAUCUGCCCUUUUUCCCUUAUGGGGUAUCCAAGAGCCAGCAUAGAGUCCUUACGUGGGUUCGCUAUUGGUAGGAGAAAAUAACAGAGGCCAACCAGAGAAUAUUGAGAAGCAAAGCAGCUAGUAAGCCUGAUCUUUAUUGAUCUGUUGCAACAGGGUGCUCCCCUCACAUACAGGAAAGGAGGAGGUGUGCCUGCCCUUUUAUAGACAUUUUAAUUUCCCUGCCCUGGAGCUCAAGACCACUCCUCCAUAUAUCAUACAUACAUCACAGAAGGGGUGUAACCCAAGACCACCCCCCACAAACAUCAUACCUACAUCACAGAAAAGGUGGUCUUACAACAGAAAUUUGAAUGUUGUUGUUUUUCCUGUCUGCCAGGUUACCUGAUAAUGCCUUAUCUGAUUGCCUUUCCUGGUAGUCUUUUCCUGGUAGUCUGUCACCCUUUGAAAUGGUGAUUACUAAAUUCCUGUAACAAGGAAGGGUUUUUUUCCACCUCCUCCCUCCUUUUCAGAGAAACGUUUGGUCAGCUUGGGAGUCAAAAUGGUUUCAGGACUGUCUUCCUGUGCUGCUUCAGACGUGUGGUUUAUAUAUUUAUGUACAUGUUUGCUUGGUACAUUUAUGAACAUUUAAUAUAUAUCUAAGACCUUAAAAUUCUUAUUACAAUAUAUAUGGGUUGCUCACAGCCUAUGAAUACAACUCCAGAGGGAGGAGUAUAUUUGGUUGUACUAGGGCAGGGGUUCUCAGUGUGUCAUUCACUGGGACAGGGGGCCAACAGGACCUUUGAGACCUUUCCCCCUGAAGGGCCGAGCCAGUGCAAAAGACCUGGCGUUUAAGAUCCCUUGGCCGGCACCUUACAAUGCAUCUUAUAUUUUUUUGUCCUGUCUCUCCCCACUACCCCCACCCCACUUCCAAAGGCAAUUCUAAGCCAAGAAUGCCCCAUGCAGACCAGAAGCUACACCACACAGAAGGCCCUCCAGGAGUUCCCACUCACAGAUAGCAGCGAUGAAGAAGCUGAGACUGAAGAAUAGGAGCAGAGAGCGAUGAGCAGAACCGAGACUCAAUCAACGGCUGCAUUGUCAAGUCAGUGCAGUCCCCUGGGAUCCUCAAGUGCAGUACUCUAAGGGGUCUCUCUGGGAUGUACUACAAUAAAUGGCGGAGGAUGGCAUCAGAAUGCAGAAGUGGGUCCUGCAACAGAAUGCUGCAGCCUGGGGUACUUCCUGCUCAGGAUUCCAGCUCCUCCUUUCCAUUCCUUCUCCCUCUGGCUUGCCAACUGGAUUCCACCUUCAUUCUACAGCCACUGAGCAAGUUGAGUCCUCAUCAACUGUUCUUGGGUCCCCCCACCCCAAGAUUCUCUCAUAUUUCUGCAAACUUUGAAGUUUCCCAAUGCUUGCUGAUGCCUCUUUCUUGUGUGUGGGUGGUGCCAUUUUGGCAACAUAAGCAAUGAUACCCCUACUCUGAACCCUGGAAAUAGAGGGAAUGCCAAUUUAUGUGCAGUGUGUAGGCAAACUAACACCCUUGCUUUGAAACACGUCCCAUUCAGAAGUUAAAUAUCUUCCUAUGGUUAUUUGAAACAAACAGAUGUGGCCAGUCUCUGCUAUUCAUCUAAAUAUUGUUUGCUGUCUUAUUAUUGAGUGAUUAAAGCUAUUUGACUUAUUCUUCUGCUUGAUCCGGG